AUGUCUGGAAAAUCAACCCCCAGCGCAACAGCCACUUCAGACAGAGGGAGCGGGCCCUAUCAGGACCAGCUCGUCAGUAAGCCGAUGUACCCUCACCUCCAGACCGACUACCAACUGAUGCGCAACGCAGACCUUUGCCAACAGCACAACGUUCGGCUUCCAGAUUACCAAAUCGUCUCAGACAAACGAGGCGGGCGCACUGCUUGGAGCUGCAAAGUCUUCGUCUGCGGCCUACAGGUCGACGCCCGCUUCUGGUAUGACGGGGAACGCGCCAACCAGUCCCGCGAGGAUGCUUCUGAAGAGGCACUUGUGAGGCUCGGUGCGAUCUCUCGAUCGGGUGUGAGUCCUUCUCAGGCUUUACAGGCGGCUCAGCAGGCCGGCCAGUCUGGCAAUCAGCAGCAGCAACGGUCAUACGCACCAACCAGGGGUCGAUGA